AUGGCACCCGCUGGACAAGGUCCAAUGGCUCUUGCCAUCAUGUGGACGUUGACGGCCAUCACGCUCGUGUUUGUAGCGCUGCGCGUCUACACCAGACAAUACAUAAUCCGUAUGUUUGGUGCCGACGAUGUCGCUUACGUUGUUGCUGGUCUGUUCCUGCUAUUAUACACCACAUUCCUUCAAGUAUCACUCCGGUUUGGGUUUGGCCAGUCCAUCCAAGCGCUGGAGCUCGAGGACAUUGCCUUGGCCAUCAAGUGGGAAAUGGUGGGACAAACCUUUGCGGUCCUGGGCAUGGCGAUAUCGAAAGCCUCGCUUGGGCUCUUCUUGCUCCGAUUCGUGGUGGAGCGAUGGCAGAGGAUUGUCAUAUGGGCUGUCAUGCUUAGCCUACUCGGGGAUUCCGCCCUCACGGCUGUUGUCUUUUGGGUCCAAUGCAUCCCUGUGGAAGCCAUCUACGAUCCGCGAGUGAAAACCCCAGAGCUUUGCACGAUCCCCAUCACGCCAUUCGCCGUGACGCUUGGAGUCUGGUGUAUCGUCGCUGAUUUCUUCUUCGCCAUUUUCCCCGUCAUCGUUAUCUGGGGCCUCAACAUGAAGAAGAAGGAGAAGAUCAUCAUUGCUGCGAGUAUGAGUCUAGGCGUCUUCGCCGGAGCGGCCGGCAUCAUUCGAACGUACGAAGUGGCAGUCGGCUUCACAGCCAACUAUACAGAGGAUACUGUCGCCUUGAUUAUCUGGUCGGCUGUCGAAAUGCACGGUUCGUUGGCCUCGACCGGCGAGGGCUCGUACCAGAAGCAAAAGGAAGAUAGCGGCCGCGGUCUAUACGAGUUGAACGGGAUGCCGAGGACGCAUGGAAAAAAGAACCACCCGGGCAACGAGUUGAAAUUGGGCGUUCGCACCCAGACCAUCACAGAGAUUGAGACCUCAAACGACAACGAUAGCGACGAGCACAUUCUCUCUUCACGCGGAUCGCAUCGCCAAGAAAGGAGGAUUGCAGGACAGUCGGAUGGGAUCCAUGUCCAGGACGACGUCAAGGUGGAAUGGAGAUGGACCAGACUCUGGUAUCUCUACCAGGUAUGGACGGGCGAUUCCCAUCUCGAGCUCAAGCGACUUCACGAAAAACAUGGCCCCAUCAUCCGAAUUGCGCCGCACAUUAUCGACAUUGAUAUGCCCGAAUUGAUCCAGACAAUCUACAACACCAAGGGCGAUUGGCUCAAGACUGAGUUCUACCACGGCAGCAGCGCUCUCGUUAAUGGGAAAAUCGUGCUAAACCUAUUCAGCCAGACGAAUCCCGCGCAACACGCCAAGGAGCGUAAGCCCAUUGCUAAGCACUACUCUUCGUCCGCCACCACUGCCCUCGAGCCACAUAUGGACAAGGUCAUUGAUAAACUAUGCCACGAGCUGGAGGUCAGGUUUAUCGACGUGCCUAGCGGCCCUAAAGCAUUUGACCUGGGGAAAUGGAUCCUGUUCUACACUUGGGAUAUUGUAGGCGCAGUGACCUUCUCGCAACCUAUCGGAUAUCUAGACAAGGGGGAGGACUUUGACGGUACGCUUUAUAAUGCGGACAAGGCUAUGGACUACUUCGCCGUCGUGGGCACUAUGCCUUUCCUAGACCGCGUUUUUGACAAGAACCCUAUUUACCGAAUAGGCCCACCCGGCUUCAACACUAUCACAGGCAUUUCCGUGCAGCAUCUUAUCGACCGCAGCCUCGGCAAGGAUAAGGAUAUGCACGACCCAAAUACACCUGAUUUUCUAGAUAAGUUCAUCGAGACAAAGAAGGCGGACCCCGAAAACGUGGACGAUGGCCAAAUUAUCUCCUGGCUUAUGGUAAAUAUGAUUGCGGGCGCUGACACGACUGCCAUCACAAUCCGGAGCGCCCUCUACUACGCGCUAAAGCACCCGCGCGUCUGGCAGAAAUUAACCGAAGAGGUCCUCACGGCCGGGUUCCGUGGAAGGACACCUCCCCCUUAUAAAGAUGCCCGAGCCCUACCUUACGUCGACGCUGUAAUACGCGAGGCCCUACGAGUUCUUCCAGGAGUGUCUAUGACCCUAGAGCGAUACGUGCCGCGCGGAGGCUAUAGCUUGCCUAGCGGGGACUAUCUGCCGGAGGGCGCCAUCGUGGGGAUGAACCCGUACAUCACCAACCGAAACAAAGCUAUCUUUGGAGAGGACGCGGAUGAUUUCCGACCUGAGCGCUGGCUCUGGGACGAGCGAAGCGGAGAGACAGAGGAGGUGUUCCAGGCCCGCCUGACGCGCAUGAACAAAGCGGAUCUCUCGUUCGGUGCGGGUAGUCGUCUAUGUGUCGGCAAGAAUAUGGGGCUUUUCCAAACGUACAAAGUCCUGGUCACGCUCAUCACAUUGUACGACUUUAAGUUAACGACGGACAAGGAGUGGAAGGUUAUCAACAGCUUUUUUGCUAGACAGGAAGGUUUCGAGGUAUCGAUGUGGAGGAGAUAG